UUGGGUAUCUUCGAAACACGAGUGUAAAUGUUAUGAUUUUUAUCGCCGUCUCUGUGACUCUUAAGGGCCGUUGGUUCACGGCUAAUGCUUACUCAGCACACAACCCCAAGCUUCUGGAUGGAUGCGAUGGCUUAGACAAGGUUGAAGACAUGCCACCAUACUCAGUCUGCCAGGCACAAGGUACAGGCCUGUCCUCUUACAAGAACUCACCUACCUAUAAAUCAGUCUUCCUCGUCAACUCCUCUAAGGUUUUCACUUUUGAAGCGGAGAGUACACUGAGAGAGAAGAUUUGUGAUUUCAAGAACGGUCUUAAAACGGCCAAGUUUGGGCUCGCCGUCUACGACAUCGAUGCUGACAGCGAGGCUAACCCGUGUCCCCAGGUAUUGUACACCGGACAGUACAAGAGGCUGAUGCUGCUGCAGAACAUCCACAACUUUAUCGAGAACUUCACCAACGUGGCGGAAUGCAAGCUCGUCACCUAGUCGGCAUUUAAGGACUCAACGCUAUGUGGCCCACAAUUGCCGGCCCAGUGGGACAUCUUCAUGGGCCAAGGCGCCUGUCGUAGAUGGAGAGUUUCUUGAACCUACGAGUGUGGCUGUGCUACUGUGAAGUGACUUUGCAGUGCUUUUCUUGUUUUAUGCAUGAUUUUGUUUCAAACCACCAAAUAUUAUAGUUCGAGCAUAGCAUAAUCGAGCCUCUUGCUGCAUAACUUGAGAAAGGAGACUUUAACAUAACUGUAAAUUGACAAGUUGCAUAUUGAUUCAUCGUACACGUGAGGAUAGAAAUUUUGACUUGACCAUAUGAUGUUACAUGUUUACCGCCGUUCACUGAAUCUUGUUCCUUGCGUUUCAUAACUUUAUUUGUACCGCUUCGCCUGCGCCUAUUUAUGGCCCCCGUGAAGGAAAGCGGUGGCGCGCGCUGUUUUCGGUAGACUGGGAGAUAAUUGAUAUCUUGCAUGUCAUAGCAAAUGGGAUGUUAAA